AUGCAGUCUUCGGCACAGCUUCAACAGGCGUUCGUAUCAGCUGUCCUGGAUAAUCGACAACUGAAUGAGCUCUUGAACGAUAACAACUACAGCGUGGAGAAGCUAGCAACACUUUUGCAAGGUGUUGACCAAUCAAGCAGCGUGCUUCAACAACAGCUCUUUCAAAUUGUACGCGACAAUGUGGACACAUUCAUCUCGUCUUAUACACAACACGAUGAACUGCACGAUCGACUCGUCAGACUUGCUGGUCAAUACACAUCAACUGUGGAGAAUAGGGUGGAUGAUAGUAUAAUCACGGACGCGUUGAAACGAUAUGAGGAUGUAUGUAAACAGACAUCGACGAAUCAACGAGAAAUAGCAGCGUUGCGUACAGUACAAGAACUUGUGGAACAAGGUGACAGGGUGGAAGAGAUGCUUGAUCGAUCAGCUCUUGUCGAGGCAACGGAUCGCUUGCUUGCAUUCGAGACAGCUUUGGAAAAAGUCAAGGAAACGAGGCCGCAUGAUUUGGAUUGGAGUGCAUUGAACGUAUUCGACUUGUUGCAGACACGAAAGGACAACUUGUAUAAGAGAUUGAUCGACGUACUCGAAUCAUCAUUGGAGAAUGCAAUUCAAUACAAUGAGGAAGAGCACACAAUGAAGAUUAUGCAACGACCUACGGCUUUGUUUGUGUGUUUCCGACAACUCGAAAUGCUCCCAGCACAAUUGGCAGGUGUCAAACGUAGAAUCUAUAAGCAUUUGGUGACACCCUUCUUCAAUCAUUGCACAACAGCUCGAUUUGAUAUCCAUGACAACGAAUUACGAUUGACAACAACAACACAAGAUGUUCCAGGAGAUGCAUGCGCUAUGAUGACACAAUUGACGACCUUGUUGGAGUUUUUAUCAACCCAUUUACUCGACACGGAUCAAGACAUUCGACAUUUAUUUGGCAACCUGAUAUUACCAGAAAUGUUGAAACUUCUCAUUGAUAAGGGGUUAUCAGCAGCUGUACCUUCGUCGGCAGUAGAACUUCAUGAUUUUGAUCGUGUGGCAGAAGAAGCAACUCUCUUUGAACAACGAUGUGUAUCGGAUUAUGGAUUAUUGACACCGGAUCAGCAACCUGGAUUGGUGAAGCAGUAUGUGGAUAAUAUCGAUAUGCAUUUUGCAACAAAGCGUAGCGAAAAGGUGCUUUUGGAAGGACGCAAGGUGAUGCUACGACGACUCUAUGAUGUUGAGGAUGUGGGAUCACAAGGACGAGAUCAUUACCAGAUUACGCAAACACCCAAGCUCCUUUCACUCUUGUUGGCCGAUGUUAUGACAGAGGCAGGUCAACUUGGCCCAUCUCAUCCUGUAUCAGCUCGCAAAUUGCAUGCUGCCGUUUCCGAUUUAUUGGAUCUAUUUCGAGCCAUUAUGCCUUGCUAUCACCGCAAUCACUACCUAUCCCAUCCUGCUGCUGCACUUGUUUUUCGCAACGAUUGCUUUUGGCUUGCCAAUGAUUUACGCGUGCAUUUUGCCAAAGAAAAGAUGUUUCAAGAGGCAGCGACACGACUGGAAUCUUUGGGCAAGUCGUGGUAUGAGGUAGUACUGGCUCAGCGCAUCCAAGUAUUACAUGCCAUUCUCGACAAGACACAAGGUUUUGCCAUGAUGGCUGAAAAUCGACAACGACAGCAAGAAUGUGAGGAGGCCAUUGAACGUGCUGUUUAUCAAGUGACCCAGAUUGCUCCUGCCGUGCGUGGUGUGGUCGACGAGCCCUUGUACAUGAAGUUGUUGAGCAGCAUUGUUGACAGCGUGCUAUCUCGAUUGAUUGGUGACGUGGAGCACAUUCAUGAUAUUGGUGCCGAGGAUUCACAUCUCAUUGCAGUGAGCUUCAACAGCGUGCUCAAGUUGGUGGAUGUAUUUGAUGGAUACGAGGGCCAGCCUGCCACUGAACCACUUGUAGCUACCUUGGUGCCAAGUUGGCGUAAGUUUUGGCUUGUCAAGGAUCUCUUGGAAAUGGGAUUACGGGAUAUCAUGGCCAAGUUUCGAGGGGGCGAACUCUUUAUGUUUGAAAAAUCAGAGCUUGUGGGUCUCAUUUGUGCACUCUUUGCCGAUACCGAUUUACGUAGCAGCAUGAUCCGUGAAAUCCAAUCAGCAGAAUCCAUGAGCAGUCCAUCACCCAUGGCAACCACAGAACAGAGCAACAGGAGUCAUAGCAACAACAACAACAACAGCAUACAACACACCCCACCAGCUACCAAUACGCGACCUAUGACAUGGGCACCAGAGGAUGAAGAGGAUGUGGAUAUGAGUGGUUGGGAUGAUCCGGAUGAUGACAACAUUCAUGCAAUCGAUCAAAGUCCAUCACACGCUGACAAUCGCCUUUCAAUACAUCCAGAAGAUGAUCAUCAUGAUAUGAGCGGUUGGGAUGAUCCCGAAGAAAAGAUGUCUUUAACACAUGAACAACGGCCGCAAUCCAAUUUGACAGCCUCGAGCCUUUCAAUGGAACCAGAGGAUGAUCACGUGGACAUGAGUGGAUGGGAUGAUCCUGAUGAUGUAUUGGAGAUACCACCUUCCCAUGAACACAUUCCUGUGACAUCAAACAAGACAACGACAACAGCACCCAUCAUUUCACCCAAGGAGGAGGAGGAAGAUGAUAUGAGUGGAUGGGAUGACCCCGAAGAUAAGAUUGAAAUACCACACCAUGAUCCACAACCACAGACAAAACCAGUUGAUAGCAAGAAGAUGUCUAUAUUACCCAAAGAUACAGAAGAUGAAGAUUGGAGUGGAUGGGAUGAUUAA